GCAAAAAUUAAUGGAAUAUACACAAAACAAACACAAAUAUUAAGAAGUUGAUUACUCAAAAUUACCACUAAAUUGGAAUGUCAAGUAAAAGAAAGAGCCGAAGCGUUCUUACUCUUCCUUCUACAACUGAGAAGAGACUUCAAAAUUCACUAAACAUCUUGGAGGAAAAUAUCAAUAAUGAUCAAGGCACCCCGACCAAUUCUUCAUCAACUAAUACUAGCGACUUGGAAGAUAUGCUUGAUCUUCGACUUAAAUUAAGUGGCUUAAGUUCAAGUAGCUCUUUGAGCUGGAGUGAGGAUUAUGAAUCUGAGGUUGCAAAAAAAGUUGAAUCAGAAUUGGAGAAACUCGAUAGAAUUUUUCAAGGAACAGAAAAUGAAACGACAAAUUAUGAUUUAGAUGAAAUUGCAGAAUGGAAGCAAUUUUUUCCAAAUGUUUAUAUCCUUGGUUGUAAUACACCAAUUAAUUCAGAUGUUGACUCUGAAGAUGAGCAAGUAAAAAUUCAACCUAGUCCAGGACUAAAACAUGCUGCAAAUAGGCACUUAAUAGCAAACAAAAAACGACCUCCAGAAUUGCCCCCUCAAGAUAAUCCUACAAGGCGAUACAAUUCAUUACCAAGGAAGCCAAGAAGUUUAGAAAUCGACCAAUACCUCAAAAUAUCUUCCAUCAACAGUUCAGAUAUAAGAAAAAGAAAGUAUCCCCAAGCUACUGUAAACAGGCAACCGUCAAAUGACUUACCACUAGACUUAUCGCCAGAAUAUUUUUCUCUGCCUUUUAUAACUGCUACUCCAAUCAAAACUCAAAUGCGUAAACCAAACAAUAGAGCAAGGCCUCCUCAAAUGCUGAUUUUACCACCAAUCGACACCAGUUUUCGCUCAAUAUCUGCAACGCCCAGACAGGCUUCGAGCAAAAGCAUGUUUGUGAAUUUCAAUUACCCGAAAGGCUCCAGUAAACAAGAAACAAAAACUGCAAAAUUGAAAAGUGAACUUAUGAAAUUGUUCGAUCAUAUUCCUAUUAGUAAUAGGUGAUUGAUGUAUUUUAUUUUCUGGUUUUCGAUCUCCUUUUUGUGAUUGGCGAAAUGUGAAAAUAUAAAUAUUUUUUUU